AUGGCGUUGACGCGAAGUUUUGCAGAUCUUAGUUGUUCGAUAUGUAUGUAUGAUUUUGAGGACCCUCGACUGCUUCCAUGUUUUCAUACUUUCUGUCGACGUUGUAUUGAUGGCGUUAUUGCAGCUGAGUACAGAGAUAGGACUUUCAAAUGUCCUUUGUGUCAGGAAACAAUUAAAGUCCCAACAAAUGGCUCGAAAGGAUUUCCAAUCAAUACAUUCUUAGAAAGGGAUUUUAAACUUCGAGAUAUAGCGUGCGACGUUUGCGACGAAAGAAAGCAUGCUGUGUCUAAAUGUCGUAACUGUGACCAAAACUUCUGCUACAAGUGUGUAGAGAUACAUAAAAAAAUGCAAGGUACUUCUUCACAUAUCGUCCAUUCAAUCCCGCCAAUAGCAAAACCACGCUUACCAUCCUGCAAGGAACAUGCUAUGGAAAAAUUGGAAUAUUUUUGUGAUUCUUGUAAUGCUGUGUUAUGUGAAGUUUGUAUCAAGUAUGGUCACAAAUAUCAUUCAAUCCAGGAUGUGUCUUCCGUAUCAGAUACGCUCAGGGAUGAAAUCAAUCCAUAUCAACAAAAAAUUCAGGAAGUUCCUGAUUCUUACAAUUAUAAAAAACAGGUUGCUAGACAACAACAGAAACUAGAUCGUGAUGAACAUGACGUAAUGGACGCAAUAAAAGAACAAACAGAAAAGUUUAAACAUGUGGUUGAUGAUGUCCGCAACGAUUUUGUUCGUCAGCUUUUGGAAGCUCUCUCCGACUCAAAGAAUGAAAUCAAAGAUAACAAAUGCUUUGUUACUAAAAACUGUGCAGCAGUUAAUCACUUAAAACAAUUUGCCAAGCUUUUUGUAAAAAAUGCCAAUGACUGUGAUGUCAUCAAGUAUGGACCUAUGUUAAAAGAAAAGUUGUUCAAUUUAGAGUACGGGAAUACUGGUAUACUUAAUUUGAAAAAGAUCGAAUUUAUACCGAAGGAUGUAUCGCUGAAUGAUGUUAAGAGGCUCUUCGGAUUCUUUAAUCCCGCAAGAUACGAUUUUUCGUUCACUGGUGGUGUUAAUAUCGUUCAGUCUUUUCACAGCUCUCUGGAAGACUGUACUAUAACGUCUUUGACAUUCAUGCCAGACACCAGCUUGUGGAUUUGUAUGGGAAACAAUGGUGUCUUAGAACGAUACAGCUUUAAUGGCCAGAAAAAGGCGCAAAUUCGAUUGGAGCACAGAAUAGACGCAAUUGCGUCAGACAGUCAUGGGGUCCUUUAUGUAACAUGCAAUGCGGAAAAGAAAAUAAUAAUGUUUAACAAGAAUAAAUCAAGCAAAAGAGAACAUUUUAUUGAUACCUUAAUGUGUGUCAGAGGAAUAGCAAUAGAUAAGAAUGACCAUAUUGUUGUUGGGUUAACAGAACGUGAUGUGUUCUUUGACUCCACAUAUCCUCAGAUAGGUUCUGUUACCCUAAUUUCACAAGAGAAAACCAUCAACAAGUUACACGGGGACGAUGUUGUUCAGUAUCCAGCUCGUGUAGCUGUCAAUAAUACUGGAGCUGUUGCUGUAUCAGAUUGGAUCGCUCUGUGUGUCAAAAUUUUCAAGAAAAAUAAAAUAGUAGGCUUUUUCGAUGGGAAAAGAAAUGGUUUCCGACAUUUUCUUCCCCGAGGAAUUUGUUCAACCAAUGAUGGAAGUUUUAUAAUUGUUGAUACCUCUUCUAAUUGUCUUCACUGGAUAACAGAAGAUGGCAACCUACAAAGAACCGUAGAAAGUAAAGGUGAAAUGGGCGAACCAUACAGCGUCACUGUCGACAACCAUGACGGGAUAUGGAUAGGCACUAAGGAUGGAAGAAUUGUACAACUGUGCAUUUGAUAAACGUGAACAC